AUGUCGAAUAAAGAAGCAAAAAAUGAAAGGACAGAUCCUGUAAAGGAUGACAAGAAAUCUGAAAAGGCUGGCGCUAACGCUGGCGCUGGCGAUGGUGGCGGCGGCGGUGGUGGCGGUGGUGGAGGUGGCGGUGGCGGUGGAGGUGCCGAUGGAUAUACCGGUGCCGGUGGAUAUGCCGGUGAAGGUGGAUAUGGCGGUGCAGGUGCAGGUACCGGUACCAGUGCCGGCGCCAGUGCCGGUGCCCGUGCCGGUGGACAUCCUGCUCGAAAUGACAGUGCCAACAAAUAA